AUGGGGCCGAGGGAGCCUGAGACUGGGAUCGGGGACAUGGGGUGCCAAGGCAGGACGGAGUCCCAUGGGCCAUGCGGGCCCGGGUUCGGAGGACGGGGGUCCAGGAGAGCACGGCGCCUGAUGCAGCGCCGAGGCUUCCUCCUCCUCGCCUUCCUCUCCCUGCUGGCGCUCACCUCCGCGGUGGCCAAAAAGAAAGACAAAGUGAAGAAGGGCGGCCCGGGGAGCGAGUGCGCGGAGUGGACCUGGGGACCCUGCACCCCCAGCAGCAAGGACUGCGGCGUGGGUUUCCGUGAGGGCACCUGCGGGGGUCAGACGCAGCGCAUCCGGUGCCGGGUGCCCUGUAACUGGAAGAAGGAGUUUGGAGCCGACUGCAAGUACAAGUUUGAGAGCUGGGGGGCGUGUGACGGGGGCACAGGCACCAAAGCCCGCCAAGGAACCCUGAAGAAGGCUCGGUACAAUGCCCAGUGCCAGGAGACCAUCCGCGUGACUAAGCCCUGCAGCCCCAAGACCAAAGCCAAGGCCAAAGCCAAGAAAGGGAAGGGGAAGGACUAGCAGCCAGGCCUGGAUGCCAAGGAGCCCCUGGCUUUACUCGGGGGCCUGGCCCACUCCCUCCCUCCACAGGCCCAAGAUAUAACCCACCAGUGCCUUUUGCCUACUCAUUAGCUUUAUCAAUCAUGCCCUGCUUCCUCCCUUUCACUCGCCCACCCCUACCCCAAGUGCCCAAAGUGGGGAGGGACAAGGGAUUCUGGGCAGCUUCAGCCUCCUUCCCCAAAGGGAUUUGAUUCCCCAUACCCACUUUUUUCCUCCCCCCAAUGAUGCCAUUACUAAGAAACAAAUAAACUGUUUUUUUCCCAAUAAAA